AUGAGUUCUGAUAAAUCAACAACUAGCUCAUCUUCCAGCAGUUUUACCUCCGAUGAAAGUAGUACGGCAUGUAGCGGUCCAUCAACAACUGAAACAAGGAACUUACCGGCGAACACCAGUACGAAUCAAUCUUCGAACCAAGGUGCAUCUGGUGGUGAUUCAACAACAACAAACCAAGGUACAAAUGGUGGCAAUUCAACAACCAUAACAAACAGUUCAGCUGCAAAUCCUCCAGUUCCACGCGAUCCUACUGCGACAGUGUCCAUGGUUAACUAUGUCGCUCCUUACAGUAUGUCAAGUGUACCUUUAAAUCAACCGUAUCAUCGAUAA